AUGACCCGCGGCCUGGACUUUUGCUACCCUUAUUUGGACGAUUUCCUCAUAUUUAGCAAAACCCAGGCCGAACACGAGGGUCACCUACGCCAACUUUUCACCCGGAUGAAAGACUAUGGUGUACUUAUCAACACUAAUAAGUGCAUUUUCGGUGCAUCUGAAGUAACAUUCCUCGGAUACACCAUAUCUGAGAGCGGCACUAAACCACUUGACAGCAAAGUGAAGGCCCUAGCUGAUUUCCCAGUGCCUAAGACAGCCAGAGAGCUCAGGCAAUUCCUGGGCAUGAUACAUUUUUACAGGCGAUUUUUGCCCAAUGCUGCCCAGAUUCAAGCUCCUCUGAAUGCCUUACUCACUGGGUCGAUCAAAGCUUCUCACCCUGUUGCCAUAACAGGUACUGCUUGGGAUGCCUUUGAAGCGUGCAAAAGGAGCCUUUGUGACGCUGCCCUUUUGGCCCAUCCUGAUUCCCAAGCUAGACUGAGACUCGUCACUGACGCCUCAGAUACGGCGAUAGGUGGAGUCCUGCAGCAGCUUAAGGAUUAUGACUGGCAGCCACUGGCGUUUUUCUCACGCAAGUUGAGCCCGUCACAAUUCACAACGGAUGUGCGUCACAUCUCUGGCAAGGACAACGUCGUUGCCGACACGCUUUCCCGCAUUUGUGAACUGCAUAUACCCGUAGAUCUCGAAGUCAUGGCCAAACUCCAAGCCACAGACCCCGAGCUAUCAGAACACCUUCAAGGCAUAGCGUCUUUACGCCUCCAGAAAAUGAACGUACCUGGGAGUCGUAUUGAACUGUACUGCGAAGUCAGUACACCGGCCCCCAGGCCCUUUGUUCCCAAGGCACUGCGUCGACAAGUUUUUGACUGCCUUCAUUCGCUUUCUCAUCCCGGUGCUAAUGCCACAGCCAAGCUCGUUGCACAACGAUUUGUCUGGCCACUGAUGCGGAAAAACUGCCGAGAGUGGACAAAGGCAUGUUUGGCAUGCCAGCGCUCCAAGGUAAACAGGCACGUCGCGUCACCUAUAGGUACGCAUGAUUUACCUUCAGCGCGAUUCAAACAUGUCCAUUUGGACCUCGUCGGCCCACUACCCCCUGACGGUGAAUAUCGGUAUUGUGUCACACUCGUCGAUCGCUUUACGCGAUGGCCUGAAGCUGUGCCGCUUACCGAUAUCACCGCCAAAACAGUGGCCAAAGCUUUUGUAGCUUGUUGGAUAUCCCGAUACGGCUGUCCCACCGAGAUCGUUACCGACCGCGGACGACAGUUCCUGUCAGCGCUAUUUCAGCAGCUGUCGAAAUCCAUUGGUUUCGAUCAUCGGAAGACCAGGGCAUACCACCCACAAUGCAACGGCUUGGUUGAACGCUUUCACCGGCAGCUGAAGGCAGCCAUCACAUGUCACGCAAGUCUCAACUGA